UGUAUAGAGUUCUUUCUCGCCACUUGUCAUUUUCCGAAAUCAUGGAUUUUUACACAUGCGAAUCUGACACUCCGUGGACUUGUACUCCUUGCUGUUCGUGAUGGCUCUUGCUAAAAUUAUAAAACCCGAUAAUAAACCCAUUACUCCUUUGGAAGAAGAAAUUGCACAGGCGAUCACUGAACUUCAGGUGCAUGAUGAGUGGUCGGACGCCAUGAAGCUUCUGUACUUCUGCGAGGCUAAGGAAAUAGUGGUAGGUAGGGAAAAAGCCAUAGUUAUUUACGUGCCCGUUCCUCAACUUCGCACGUAUCAAAUGAUCCACAACCGUUUGGUUGGUGAGUUGGAGAAGAAGCUACGUGGUCCGCACGUAGUGCUGGUUGCUUUUCGCCGAAUAUUACCGAAGCCAAGGCGGAAAUCAAAGUUUAACCCGAAGCAGAAGCGGCCACGCAGCAGGACUCUGACAGCAGUACACGACGCUAUUUUAAAGGACCUAGUGUAUCCUGCCGAGAUUGUUGGUAAACGCAUACAAGUAAGAAUUGAUGGAAGCACCAUAACGAAGUGCCAUUUGGAUGUCGCUCAACGGAAUUACAUAGAGCACAAGCCCAAUAUUAUCGUCGUCAGCCGCGCUGAUGGUUCCUAACAAAUGUUCUAGCGCUUACAAUCGACUUUUUCGAAAUGUCUCACUGGAAACUUUCAAACCGAAUGUCAAGCGUAACCACCGGAAUCACGCGAAUGUUAUGCCCAACGUCGUCAGAUAUUUCGAUUUGUCAUCAAGCACGAGAUGCCAAAAUGUGAAAGCUAACUCAUCGUUUGUGAAGUACCUUACCGAUGAUUGAAGUGCCAAUAUAUCUUAUGAUGUCGGUAGGCUGUAACGCUGUUUUCUAAUGGCGGCGUUAAGCGGUUUUGGAUCGAUACACACUCGUAAAUCAUCAUGCACUUCUUAAUAACAAUUGCCAUUUGACCCAAUCUGUUGAUUCGCUAACCUUGGCUAUAACGUCGAGCGCAACUAGGCGCUCCUUUCUAACAUGCACUUCUACUGGCACAGCGCUCAUUUGGCGAUACAUGUACGCAACUGUCGAACCUUUCCACUUAGCCGAAUAUUUUAGCAUGACGAUGAACGGCAUCUAUUGCUAACUCACAUGAAUGCACAAAACACCCUCGAUUAAAAAAACCAAACUAAGUU